GUGUUUUUCGUUGUUGCGUUAGACUUUCGCUUCAUCCUCCCCUCACGGCAUUCCCUGCUCCCUGCAUAGUUCAUUUACGGGUAUUAUAGGAGGUUUGUAAGGGCGGCUGGGUAGCCAUUCCCUGGGCAUCCCAGCACACAAAUGGACGUUUCCUACCGUAAACUCCUCUCUACAACAAAUGCAACCCCCUUAUCCGACCUAACCCUUCACACGACAUGCAUUGUUUACGGUAUCGUCACAGCUUUUAAACCCCCCCGCAAAACAAAUGGAACCGAUUACAUGUGUCAUGUCCAUAUUGCCGAUCCGACCUACCCAGAAGGCUUGAGUAUCAACAUCUUUCAUUCUCUAGAAAACUUGCCAGAAGUCCAAUACGGCAAUGUCGUCGAAUGCGCCAUCAAGGUCCAAAUGUAUAACUCAAAACUCCAAGGUCUAUCCCUCAAAGGCCCCGACUUUUGCUUCCAAAUCAUUGAAAACGGUAUCGCAGCCUUUUUACGAGAAUGGGGGUCGAGUAGUACUGGAACGAUGCCGCUUCCGUAUACGAGACCUGUAUUGGAGGUUGGGAGUUUAAAGGAUGUUGAUACGUUUUGUGAUUUGUAUGCUCAGGUGCUUCAUAUUAAUGAACCCGACCAUCCAGGUCAACCACUAGAACUAGUCGUUACUGAUUACACAACCAAUCCAAACAUACAUUUUCCAAUAGAGAUGAUCCCAUAUACCCGUCUUACUCCCGACAUGCUAUUACUCGUCACACUCUGGGACCAAGAACCCAUGGAUCCACCGUUACAAAAGGAUACAUAUAUCCACCUCCGGAACCUCCGCAUCGUGUCCCGUUAUAAUAAAUUACAAGUCGUUGCACAUGGUGAUAAAAUGCGAACUAGGACGAGUCAUAUAACGAUCGUGAAUGAUGGAGACCAGAUUGAUCGGAUGAGAGAUCGGGAAAAGAAAUGGAAGGCCUUGCAAGGGGAUGUUUUGAAUGUGGUUGGACCUUCACAAACCUACACCUCCAUGCUCCAAAAGAAAUAUCGACGACCCCUAUUCAACAGUUGGUCAAGACUCAUCCACAUACUCUGCGUGUCCAACUCAUGGACCACCUUCCCUUGUAUGUACGUCAAUUUACAGUGUAUGAAAGUAAAUGGGUUGAGUUUUCGAUGCUUGUUACCGAUGGGACGGGGUUUAUGCAUGUUUUUGUUCAUGGACCGAGGAUUGAUUUGUUGGGACCGGCGAUGCGGUUGGAUGGACUGACGGUUAAUGGUGUUGUGGAGCGGUGUGGAGUUGGUCGAGAGGUUGUGUGUAGAGUUGUUUGGGAUGAGGGGUGGAAGGUUGUUGGGUAACAUCGUGCACAUGUAGAUGAGAUAGUGCGUGUAUGGCAUGUUUGGGGCGGGUUUGACUCUGCGAAAAGUACCCACCGCUUCGUCUAUCCCCGUAAAACAUCAUUCAAUGGAUCCAAUGUAUGAGCAUUUGGAACACCGUGCAUCAUAGUAUCUAUUUCCC